UCCUCACUGCAUGUGAGCACGCAGCAGCGCAGACACACGACAGACAGGCAGGCAGGCGGAGCACCAUCACCACCACAGGGGCAACAAAGGGACGCACGGUUCAUCCGAGGCAUCAAAUGAAUAAAUGAUUCAUUGAGACAAGUUCAAUUUGCACACACACGUACGUUUGAUUUCAUCUGUCCUCACCUCAAAGGUUGUAAUAGCACUGCACAGUCAUGGAGCUGGAGCACUUUGAUGAGCGGGACAAGGCUCUGCGGUACACCCGGAGGGGCUCGAGAGGGAAUGGGCUCCCCAGUCCCACUCACAGUGCUCACUGCAGCCUGUACAGGACCAAGACACUGGCAGCACUGAGCUCAGAGAAGAAGGCCAAGAAGGUCCGUUUCUACCGCAAUGGGGACCGCUACUUCAAUGGGAUUGUUUAUGCCAUUUCUCAGGAGAGAUUUCGGUCCCUAGAAGCACUCCUGGCUGACCUCACAAGAUCUCUGUCAGAUAAUGUCAACCUGCCCCUAGGGGUGCGGACCAUAUAUACCAUUGAUGGGAUGACGAAGAUCACCAGCAUGGACCAGCUGGUGGAAGGAGAAAGCUACGUUUGUGCUUCCAUAGAGCCCUACAAGAAGCUUGAAUACACAAAGAAUGUAAAUCCCAACUGGUCAGUUGGUCCUAGGACUGCUGUGGCCGUCCGUGACCCUUCCUCCCUGGGUAGUGCCAAGGCUGGAUUCCAAGAAAAUAGAGAGGGCAAAGACUUCAUCAGGCCUAAACUGGUAACCAUUGUCCGCAGUGGAGUGAAGCCUCGCAAAGCUGUUCGGGUCCUGCUAAACAAGAAGACUGCACACUCGUUUGAGCAAGUCAUGACUGACAUCACAGACGCCAUUAAACUGGACUCUGGAGCCGUCAAAAGGCUAUUUACUGUUGACGGCAAGAUGGUUGCCUGCCUUCAGGACUUUUUCGGGGAAGACGAUAUAUUCUUUGCUUGUGGCCCCGAGAAGUUCCGCUAUCAAGAUGAUUUCAACCUGGAUGAAAGUGAAUGCAGGGUGGCAAAGUCUGCAUCAUAUGGCCGACUCCCCUCCAUCCAGGGUCGCUCUUCCCCAAGAAGUGGAGGGUUGUCCCGCAGGAGCAAGUCUCCUUCAUCCACCGGUUCAGCUAACGGUACUGCAGGCAGUCAGCUGUCCACACCUCGAUCUGGAAAGUCUCCAAGCCCCUCUCCAACUAGUCCAGCCAGCCUCCGGAGACGACGGGGAUCUCAACACAGUGGCUCUUCACUCUCUUUAGCUUCUACCAAGGUUUGCAGCUCAAUGGAUGAUGGAGAUGGGCCUGGCAGUGAAGCUGAGCCAAUUGAUGACUUCUCUUCAGUCCCUGCCUCCAUGACAGAGAGGUACAAAGUGGGCAGAACUUUAGGAGACGGAAACUUUGCUGUGGUCCGGGAGUGUGUGGAGAAAUCCACUGGAAGAGAGUACGCUCUUAAGGUCAUCAGCAAAGACAAAUGCAGGGGAAAGGAGCACAUGAUCCAGAGUGAAGUGUCGAUCCUUCGGCGUGUGAAACAUCCCAAUAUCGUACUUUUGAUUGAAGAGAUGGACACCCACAGUGAGCUCUAUCUUGUAAUGGAGUUGGUUAAGGGAGGUGAUCUCUUUGAUGCAAUCACCUCCUCUAACAAAUACACAGAAAGAGAUGCCAGCUGUAUGCUGUUCAAUCUGGCCAGUGCCAUCAAGUACCUGCAUGGUCUCAAUAUUGUCCACAGAGACAUAAAACCGGAAAACCUGUUGGUCUUCGAGCACCAUGACGGUAGUAAAUCACUGAAACUAGGCGACUUCGGUUUGGCUACCGUCGUCAACGGGCCUCUCUAUACUAUGUGUGGCACACCCACCUAUGUAGCACCAGAAAUCGUCGCUGAGACGGGAUAUGGCCUCAAGGUUGACAUUUGGGCAGCUGGUGUCAUCACUUACAUCCUGCUGUGUGGAUUUCCUCCGUUCCGUGGCAGUGGCAAAGAUCAGGAGGCUCUCUUUGAACAGAUUCUGAGGGGCCAGCUGGAUUUCCCUUCAGCAUACUGGGACAAUGUAUCCGACACUGCCAAGGCUCUGAUCACUGGGAUGCUGCAGGUGGAGGUGGAUCAGAGAUACACUGCUGUACAGAUGCUCGAUCACCCCUGGGUCAAUGAUGAUGGUGUGUCAGAGAAUGAGCAUCAGCUGCCUGUGGCUGGGAAGAUCAAGAAGCACUUCAACACCAGACCAAAGCUCAACAGCACCGCAGCAGGAGUGUCAGUCAUUACAACCACGCCACUUGAUAAGGAGAAGCAAGUUUUCCGACGAAGACGCCACCAGGAUGUGAAGUCCUCUCCCCACUUCCCACAUAGCACUGGUGCCUCCCACACCGCCACCCGCAGCCUCUCCCCCGCUGACUUCACCUCUGAGUCUGAAGACUUCUCCCCUGGUUCAGCUGACACAGUCCGUUCUCCCAUCUCUCCGUUCUAACAGCCUUCCCAAGGCCACAGCACUGUCCACUCCUCCACGGAGAAGUGAGAGAGGGUGGAGUGCAAACCGGAAAAACAUUGGGUUCAGUCUGCUGAUUUGGACGUUCACAGACUCCAUAUUUAUCUGUACCAUUUUAUUAUUCCUUGUCAUAGUACUUUUAUUUUAAUUGCAAAAUACACUGGUCUCUGGUUUGAAGGAUACACCUUUUAAGAGCAUGCGACAAUUUGUCAUAUAUUUACAUUUUCUUUUGAAAAACCCAACAAACAGUUUAAGCCUUAUUUCUACACAGCAAGCCCUGGUUCAUUGUAGUAAUGUAGAGCCCUCUACUGGUGUAUGUAGUGUACUGCAGGAAGGACCGCCAGCUUCAUCAAGCCCCUUUUAUAGGUUUAAACACAAAUUGAAACCAUAGCCUCUAAAUCUUAAAUUUGAUAUGUUUGACUUAAACACAGAUACUUGAUUAAUAAUAACCCCCUCAUUACAAAAUUAACAGUCAUUUGUCUAACAUCCACUAAACAUUAGUUUGCUGUGGUAUUUAAGGUUCUGGUGCAUAAACCUUAGACACGAUUUAAGAUAAUUUAAGAACCUGAAAAGAAAUGCUGCUAUUUAUUUUAUUUUUUUUUUUUGUGUAGGAGAAAUAUGGCUCUGCCACUCAGGAGCUCGCCUCUCAGAGAAUCCAGGGCUCUAAUGUUUGAGAGUUGGCGGUCGGAGCUCGUCCGUGUGCUUGAGGACAAUUAUUUAAGCAGUAGUCUAGUUACACGUCUGUGAGAGUGCAGGUGGUGUUGCAGAUGAAUCUCUGUUGGUAAUAAGUGCAUGUAUAAAACUUUGCCUUGGCACAAGUGUGUGUCAGUGCAAUGGGGUUCACAGCAUCAAAGUUCUCCUCCACAACGCUGGAAUAAGUGAGAAUGGAUCUGUUGCUGGUUUUAAUGGUGGCAAACUAACUUGGCUCAUUAUCAGAGGGGGGGCAUUAGUCAAUUGUGCAACAUUGACUAUAUUUUUUUUUCACAUAGAGAUGAGAAACAGGUGAAACAGCAGUGCUUCCAGUAAAAAUUGAUUUUAAUAUUGUUUCAUUCAGCCAGUACUUUUAUUUUUUUAAAUAAUUAUAUUAAACAUGACUAAGUCUGACUCACAGGACUUUAUGUACUGUACGUCCUCUGACCACUUCAUACAUUGGUCCAUCAAAUAUUCAUAGAUGUGAAUGUCCUCCUCCUUUCAUCAGAGACUGUUACCUGCAUGUCUGCUAAUAUGCAUCCUAAAUAAGUUGUUCUGGUCUUUUACUAUUCGAUAUACGUCUGUCAGGUGUGAAACCACCUCUGUUGUCAUUGCACAUGCUGUCUUGGUGAAUGCAGUUCAGUUAAGGCAUACUAUAGUCACUCCACCGCUGAGUUAUACUUAAGAAUAUGUAUUUUAACAGAAAUGUAAUACCACACCACUGACUUCGUUGUUAAAGGGCUUUUAAGUUUUUGAUGUGAAGGGGUUGAACCAAAAAGCACAGUGAAACUGAGUUGUGAUCGCGAGUCUUUGGGAGUGUGUUUGCUUCAAAGAUGGAAUCAGUUUUUCUUCAUCUGAAAAACACAGUUUGAUAAUAUGGUUCUCAGAGACAAACAGGAAUGUCAAUGUUAACAGAUGGAGAAUGUGAAUGCUGUAUUAUAUCCCUCCAUAUUCCAUUAAUGUAUGAAUGUUAUUAAACCUAAAUGAGGCAAGACAAUAAUAAUACCCUUCUUUUCAGUUAAUAAGGGAAAGAAAUGUUAGGUUAAAAAAACAAAAACUUACGACUAUGUACUCUGCAAAGAAACUAAACCUGGAAAUAAAUUUAUUAAUCUGA